AUGGCCGCAUUUCCCAGCUCAAGGUACUUCAUAAUCCUCUUUUUGUUGACCCUUUCCUUCGAAUCCCUACUCGCAGACACCAAUUCGUCUUUUUCUUUCAAGAAUUUUGGUUGGAAUUCAAGUUUUGAGUCUGUUCUUGCACUUUAUGGUGAUGCAAAAGCUGUUAACGAUGGUUCUUCUCUACAACUCACUGCUCCAUCAGUUUCUAGUGCUGGUCGAGUGAUUUACAAAAACCCCAUCAAGUUCUAUGGCGGAAUCCCCGAGAAAUUGGUGUCGCUCUCCACAUACUUCUCGUUUUCAAUUUCGCCGGACUCGAAAAAUGGAGAUGGUUUAGCUUUUGUUGUGUUUUCAGAUGGGUAUCCCGUGGAUCUGUUCGACGAUAAUGGGUCAUUCGGGUUGCCAAAUGGGGAUAAUUUCAAGUUCUUAAGUGUCGAAUUUGACACAUCGAUGGACGAUAAGUAUGGUGAUAUGAAUGAGAAUCAUAUCGGGAUCGAUUUAUCUAGUUUUGUGUCGUUGAAAGCAAUGAACUUAUCUUCCGUCAAUUUGGGACUCAAAAGUGGUAAUCGAUUGCAAGUUUGGAUCGAUUACCAAUCAAGUUCAAGGCGAUUGGAGGUUAGAUUGAAUAGAUAUGGUGAAACCCGUCCUGUUGACCCGUUGUUAUUCCAUCGAAUUGAUUUGGCUAAAAUCUGGCCUGGAAAUGAGGGUUUUUUCGUGGGGUUAACUUCAUCAAAUGGGAACUCUUCACAACUCUGUAAUCUGUAUUCAUGGAGCUUUAAAACAAGGCAAUCACCAGAUUGGAUGCAUUCUGAACCUUUGGAUCCUAUGGUUUUCAAAGAAAGGGAAGAAAAUGAGAUCAAGAUUCAUAAGAAAAGUGAUUGUGUUAUGAGGAUUCUUUCUGCCCUCAUACUUGGAAUCGGAUUAGGAGCAUUAGGAAGCUUUAUUGAAGCAAUAGUUGAUAUUAGUCACAGUCUAAUCCAAAACAAAAGAGAUGAAGAUGGAUGGGUAGACUCUUGGAGGGACCUCUGUACCUGGUUUAGUCCAUUGUCGUGGGGUCAAUGUCAUUUGACAUGUAGCAAAACAAUGACAAGAGAUGCAUUAAAGAACCGGUCCCGAGUCAUCGUCCUAACACUGGUCCUUAAGCCUAAUGGCAUCGUGUCCUUCUUUUUUCUCUCAUUAACAAAUUAAAACCAUCUUUAAUUCUUUAUGUUCCCAACAUUGUAGAACAAGUUUCGCAAAAGAAAAAAAUAGCAAAAUGAAUGUGCAAUACUCUUAAUACCUUUUAAAUUGUAAAACA